AUGUCUGACAAGGCGCAGAGUCGUAUCAAUGCCAUUGGCAAGCAACUUCUUCCACCUAUCAACAAGGUAGCUCCGGGGUCAAGUAAGCUCCGCGUCGAGGGCAAAGUCGUCAUCAUAACAGGCACAAACUCACCGCUGGGUAUCGGUCGUGCUACAGCGCAUCAAUACGCUGAGAGCGGUGCCCGAGCAUUGUAUCUCUGCGACUUUGACGAUACGCACCUUGAGUCUCACAAGAAGGAGAUCAACGCUGCGUUUCCCAAGGUGGAAAUCCACACGAGGCGUUUCGAUGCCGCGGAUGAGGACAAGGUCAAGGAGGUAGUCGAUGACGCGAUUCACCGCUACGGUCGCUUGGACGUCUUCUUUGCUAAUGCUGGAGUCGUCGGUCGAACCACGCUAUUCUCUGACUUCAGCAAAGAUGAGUUUAUGUCGAUACUCAACACCAACACGUCAAGUGUCUUUCUAGCUGCCAAGUACGCGGCACCAGCUAUGAUGCAAACUUCUGCCGACAAGCCCCAAGCCAGCGGCAGUAUCAUCGGUACAGCGUCUGUUGCAGGAAUUCGCUCCAAUGCUGGGUCCACACCGUACUCGGCCUCCAAAGCAGCCGUGGUAUCUCUCGCCCAGACGAUAUCAUACCAGCUCGCUGGAACAGGUGUACGUGUGAACGCCAUCUGCCCAGGCCUCAUCGAGACUGGCAUGACAGCGCCUGUUUAUGAAGCCGCGAGGGCUCGUGGAAGCGAGAAGAAGAUCGGACAGUUGAACCCUAUGAAGCGGGGCGGUCAUGCUGAUGAGAUUGCUCGUGUUGCGCUCUUCUUGGGAAGUGAUGAGAGUAGUUAUGUUAAUGGACAGGCAUGGGCAGUAGAUGGAGGGCUGAGUGCUGGGCACCCCUUUGUUCCUGGAAAACUGGGCUGA